GAGAUCAAGCAUAAGUUGUGGCAGUGGUUCCCAACCUGUGGUCUGUGGACCACAAGUGGUUCCAAGAACUAAGAUAUGGUCCACAGCCUCACCGUUACAACACCGUUGCAACAAGAGCAACUGGUGUUGUGAAACCCUCAUAUAGUGCCAAGGUAAGGAGGAAGUUGGGAGGGGAGAGGAUGACUACCCACAAAAGGCACGACAACAAGUCUCCUGACUGCUGCUUCUCCUCCUCCCUCCCCUUGAGUGGAGCCAUUCCAUGUGGUUCUUGGUGUCUUUGUUUUUAGGCCUGUUCCUUGGGUUAUUUGGGGCACUGAUUCAGAAAAUUGCAUUGAAUAGACCACAUCAGCUCUAGAUUAUUAAAUAUGGUUUUCUGUGUGCGAGCAGAUGGCAAUUACUGGAUGGUAUGUGUUCUGUAUCAGAAAAUAGAGCUGAUGUGGUCUAUCCAAUGCAGCUUUCUUGGUGUCUUCGUUCAGGGGUUAUUUAGGAUGCUGAUUCAGAAUAUUGCAUUGGAUAGAUCACAUCAGCUCUACAUUAUUAAAUGUGGUUUUCAGUGGGCGAGCAGAAUGCGAGUACUGGAUGGCAUAUGUUCUGUAUCAGAAGCUAGAGCUGAUGUGGUCUAUCCAAUGCAGCUUUCUUGGUGUCUUCGUUCAGAGGUUAUUUGGGAUGCUGAUUCAGAACAUUGCAUUGGAUAGACCACAUCAGCUCUAGAUGAUCAAAUAUGGUUUUCUGUGUGCGAGCAGAUGGCGAUUACUGGAUGGUAUGUGUUCUGUAUCAGAAAAUAGAGCUGAUGUGGUCUAUCCAAUGCAGUUUUCUGAAUCAGCACCCCAAAUAACCAAACUGAAUCUAAAGUUGAUCAAAAACUGAUUUGUAACCCUUUUAUGAAUGUUGGUCCCUGGUCAAAGUGCUCCCUGGUCAAGUGGUUCCUGAUCAAAAAAAGAAGUACAGAGUUAUAAGGACUUGUUUGAGUGUCCCAAAACAAUAACAACCAUUCUAUAUGAAUCCCUUUCCUCUCAAGGGGCUUAAAAAUAAAUCGCAGACCCCACGGCCCACAUCAUCUGAUGGGCAGCAUGCAAAGUCGGAAAAUAAAGUUAAAAACUCCCGGUCUGAUGAGGUUCUUAGAUAAUUAUGGUCCAUUUGCUUUGUUUGCUUUCAGCCAUUGAGUGUAAACAGUUGGAGAAAGAGGUCAUUUUACAGAAAUAUCUGGUGGGGAUUGCUUAUAAAAGGAAGCACUCUGCGUCUGGAAAGGCUGUACCGAACUAUCUUGUCCAAAACUAGACAACAGCCUUUGGGGAUUGCUUUCGUUCACAGGUGGAGAUGAAGAACGUUGUUCUCUUCGUACUGGUUUUGGCCUGCGGGCCGGUUCUUGUGACCGGCGUUGCCUCCCAGUUGAAUGAGAUGAUCCAGCUGAGCACUGUGACCUUCAGCCUGGCCAACUUCACCAAUUACGGAUGCCACUGUGGACCAGGGACUCAAGGGUUUCCCGUGGAUGACAUUGACAGGUGUUGUCAUGGCCAUGACUGUUGCUACAACAAAGCAGAGAUGUUUGGUUGUACUCCUCACCUCCACACGUACAGAUUCUAUGCUCAGAGGGACAAAAUUAAAUGUGUCAAGUCAAGAGACCGCUGCGAGAAGCUCAUCUGUGAAUGUGACCGGAAAGCUGCUAAAUGCUUUGGGAAGCAUAUUUUCACCUACAACCCCCAGUUGAAGAAUCAUCCCAUGGCCAACUGUCAGGCACAACGACCAUUUUGUUGAGUCGCAUUCCUAAAGGCAAAUGGAAUUGGCAUCUCUACCUGCUUCUUCAUCCAUUUAUUCGUAACAUGGACUCCUGAUGCUUACUAUUAUUUCCUUAUUACUGGACAACAUAUGUACAUGCACUAAAGUAGCGUUAAAUAAACUCCGUAGACAGUG